UCGGCACCGGGGGGCGGACGGCCGGCCAGGAGGUGUCGGCGCCGUCAGCAGGCGAGACCUGGGUCACCGCUGACUGGUCAGCGCUGAGUGCUGACCGCAGGUCAACACCGGAACUGGUUCUCUUUUCACCGGCCGUCAACGCCUGAGCACACGCUGGCUGCCACCAUGUCGAUUACGACAUGCAUUCAGCACCUGCCCGGCAUGCUGUGGCGCUGGCGGACGGCCGUGGUGACGGUGGCGCUGCUCUGCCUGCUGCUGCAGCUGAUGGUGCUGCAGACGUCGCCGGACACGGUGCGGCACGGCCGCCGCCCCGCCUGGGUGGACCCGUCGCCAGCGAUGGGCGAUGAGAGGUCGCCGAGGGCCGCCGCGCUGCGGCAGCCGGGCCGAGCGGCGCUGCCUGACCCGCCCGGGCCCAGCGCGGCGCCGGCAGCGGUCGGGCCCGACCCGGCCAUGGUGCCCGCCCAGCGCAUCAUCCACCUGGACCUGAAGGGCGCACCGCCUACGGUCGACUACCUGGUCAGCCUGCUCCCGAUGAUGCGACGUCUCGGCGCCACCGGUCUGCUGAUCGAGUGGGAGGAUAUGUUUCCGUUCUGGGGACCGCUGCGCGCGGCCGCCGCCCGAAACCACUACAGUCGCGCUGAUGUGCGCCGACUGCUGUCAGAGGCACGUCGCCAUGACCUGGACGUGAUCCCGCUGGUGCAGACGUUCGGACACCUGGAGCCGUUCCUGAAGCUGCGCCAGUUCGCGCACCUGCGCGAGCUACCCGCCCAGCCGGCGGCGCUUUGCCCCUCCCGUAACGAGUCCCUCCGCCUCGUGGAGCAGAUCGUCGACCAGGUGAUGAAGAUGCACGCUGGCGCACCGCUGCUGCACAUCGGCUGCGACGAGGUGUACCACAUGGGUCUCUGCGAGCUCUGCCAGCGGCGGCUCAGAGACGACCUCUACCUGGAGCACGUAGCCACCGUGGCGCGCUACGUGCGAGACCGGCACGGCGCCAAGGCGCUCAUCUGGGACGACAUGAUGCGUCACAUCCCGGUGGAGACGCUGCGCCGCUCCGGUAUCGGCGAGCUGGUAGAUCCGAUGGUCUGGGUGUACGCCGAGGACGUGGACCGUUUCGCCGACCCGCAGAUCUACAGCACGUUCGCCGAGGUGUUCCCGCGCGCCUGGGCGGCCAGCGCGUACAAGGGCGCGUUCGGCGAGACGCUGACGGUGCCGCCGCUGCAGCGUCACCUGGACAACACGCUCAACUGGCUGCGCGUCAUCCGGCGGGAGACGCCCCGAUUCCGCGACGGCUUCGGCGGCCUGGUGCUGACCGGCUGGCAACGCUACGACCACAUGGCCGUGCUAUGUGAGCUACUACCCGCCUCUGUGCCCUCUCUGGCGCUCAACCUGGCUACAGCGUCACACGGCUUCUUCAACAGCUCGCUGCGCCGGGUGCUGUAUGACGCGCUCAGCUGUCACUCGCAGGGCACGUUCAUCACGCCGAGCUCCGACCAGUACGGGUUCUACGCUUUCUCGCAGUGCGACUUCCCUGGACACAUGUUCUAUGAGUUCACCGGCCGUAUGCCCGGCAUCGAGAUGCAGGCCCGCUCGGCCAUCGAGGACGUCCGCAAGAAAGGCUGGCUCACCGAGUACAGCGUGGCGCGCAACUACACCAACCCGUUCCGGGUGGACGAGGUACUGGAGCCGCUCUACAGCGCCGACUACCACCUGUCGCGCGCCGCCAUCGACGUGCGCGACGCGCUGUCCGGCGUCAUGGACCGGUUCACGGUGGCCGAGUGGGUCGAGCAGAAGCUCUACCCGUGGAUGCGGCGCAUCGAGGCGCUGCGCCGGGAGGGCGAGGCGGUGAAGAAGCGCUCCGAGUGGCCGGCGCGGCCGCUGCCCAUGCUCCGGGAGCUGGCCAGGUUCGGACUGGAUGUCACCGAGGACCAGACAAAGGACGGGACUGCGGACUCGCCGGACGGCGCCCAGCUGAACGACAACGGUCUGAGCGAUACUGUCCGGCUGAGCAAGCGGGAGGUGGGCCCCGCGAUCCAGCCAAACAGAGAUGAGAAUGUAGAUAAUGCGGAGAGACAGGAACUUAGAGAGGCUGGCGAAAAGCAUGAAGUAGACGGUAUCGCCGUCCAUCAAAGCGAUCGAUCGAAUACGGCGGACGUGGAUGGUUCGAAGAGACGGAGUGAAGUUGAAGCUAACAUGACAAAGGAUCUGAAGGAGGAGGUCGUCGACAAGCAGGCUGUGCUCGGAGAGGAUGCUGUUCAACCAGGAGAGCUAGGUUCUGCAGUGGAUCGUCAACAUGAUCAGUCUCCGCAGCAGGCGCCGGCUGUGCUGGCAGCAUAGUAGCCUGUUCUAUGCUCGCAACGAGCAUAUGAGCCCUGUGAGGGGGAUACAAUGUUGGCAGCACAUGCUGCGCUUUUGUCAAGAGGCGGCGUUUAAAGCUGUGGAGUCUACAUGUGGCAUUGGCGACUGUCCACAUGUUUUUCGCGCCACUGUACGCAGGUGGCGCUAUGUCUGCGAUAGGUACUCUGAGGUGGUGUUUCCGGCCGUACGAGCUCGGACUAGCACAAGCGGUCCUGUGACGUGUGACUGUGCUGUCUGAGGGGAAUCCAGGGUGGCUAGAUUUUGAGUCGUAACGGGGACCUGUCCCGCGGAUGUGGGACCUUGUGUGGGUAUAUAGGGUCUUGUGUGGGACUAUGGUGGGCUGACUCAGAACGCGCACUGAGACUAUUACAUGCUUUACAGUCUCCACUUUAUGGUGGAAGCAAUUACAUCAGUCAGCCCAAUUUUAGGGGUAACUAAUCUAUUCUAGAGUGACGUGCGGAAGUAACAACUCACAACAGUGCGCUACAACACGAGGCGUUAUCCGUCGGCUGUCUGCCAGCUAUAUGAGGCAUUUGCACUGCUAUUGCGUCACGACUUUUGCUGUAGCGGCCUUGUGGCGUCAAUGAGAUUGUGAGAUUUGUGAGCGUUGCGCCACCAGGAAGGUGUGUCAGUUUCUGUUGAAUCGAGGCUACAUGUAUGGCCAGGUGGUGGAUUCCUCACUCCCCUAUGGGUCAUGUGAUGUUCGGGUCUCCCCAGAGGUCACCUGUUGUGGCCAGAGAGUGGUGUACAUUGUACAUAUUACGGGACAUACUGCCCACUACGAGUGUCGCAUUAUGCGGUUUUCCACGCAUCAUCAAACACCGCAUACGAUAUCGUAAAUGCCUGUGUGAUUGGCGCCAUCAAAACAUUCAUAAACACUACAAAGGACUCAUAUUAUAGUGCUUAUACACAUUUUCUCAAUUGUUUUCAUGAAUAUGAAUCGUUAAUAUGCACACGAAUGGAAUACGAAAGAUCACGUACCUAUAUCAAAUGAAUCAUGCCUUGUAACCCGCGCCGGCCCUGG